UCAAGUGAUCCUCCAACCUCAGCCUCCCAAGUCAGAGAAUAUUAUAAUACAAAGAGAAUGUUAAGAAAUAUGGGCAUACUAAAUUCAGAAUGGCUUUUCUUUCAAGGAGAAAUGUUAUCAUUAAUAACAUCAUCUUAAACAAUUUUUGUAAUUAUCACUUAAAAAAGUAGAGUUAAAACAAAUACAUGUAACUACAAUGAUAGCCCAAGGUAUUAUUAAGAAUUGCCAAUGCCGGCGCGAGCGGCGGGAGGCAAGGGUUGCGGACGCCAACUUUCCCGAUUUCAUUGAAUAGACAGACGGCUCUACAGUAAACAUGGUCAAUGUACCUAAAACUCGAAGAACUUCCUGUAAGAAGUGUGGCAAGCAUCAACCUCACAAAGUGACCCAGUAUAAGAAGGGCAAGGAUUCCCUGUAUGCCCAGGGAAAGAGGCGCUAUGAUCGGAAGCAGAGUGGCUACGGUGGGCAAACAAAGCCAAUUUUCCGGAAGAAGGCUAAAACCACAAAGAAGAUUGUGCUAAGGCUGGAAUGUGUUGAGCCUAACUACAGAUCCAAGAGGAUGCUGGCCAUUAAGAGAAGCAAGCAUUUUGAACUGGGAGGAGAUAAGAAAAGAAAAGGCCAAGUGAUCCAGUUCUAAACUUUGGGACUCUUUUUGUCCUUUAAUUUUGAGGAGAAAAUGUUGAAGCUGUAGAAAAAUUAUUUGUAGGGAAAUAAAUACAAU